AUGUGUCAGUUGCUGGGAUGCAAGGAGGAAUCUCUACCAGUCCGAUAUCUUGGCAUUUCUCUUGGAGUAAACCUGAGGUUUGUGAAGACUUGGAAACUGGUGAUUGAUAAGGUGGAAGACAAGUUAAGUCUGUGGAAAGCAAAGACCCUAAACAAAGUGGGGAAUGGCAGAACAGUACGAUUUUGGGAGGAUAUCUGGUUACCUCACGGUGUUCUUAAAGAGUUGUUUCCAAGGCUUUUCUCGAUCUCAAACCUCAAAGGUUCUGUUAUUGGGGAUUGCGGGUUUUGGGAUGGGCUAGAGUGGAUAUGGAAUUUUCAAUGGAGGAGAGAACUUUUUCAAUGGGAGUUGGCACUAGUAAACCAACUCCAUCAGGAAGCGAUUCUCUUGGAGGAAAUAACAAGCUAUAGCUUCACAAGUGCAAUUUGGAAGGGUUUUGUUCCACCAAGGAUCGAGUUAUUCUCUUGGUUUGUGUUGGUGGGAAGGGUGAAUACUAAGGACAAACUGCGUAGACUAGGUGUAAUUAACCCAAAUGAUCGUACAUGUGUCUUAUGUGGUAAGUCUGUGGAGUCUGCUUUUCAUUUGUUUGUUGGUUGUGAGAUUUCCUGGCAGGUGUGGUGUGCUUGGCUAUUCGCUCUUAGAAGGAAAAGGAUCAUGCCUGGUACACUCAAACAACACUUUGAAAGCUGGACGAAUGCUGCAGCAAGAAGAGGUGAGAGGAGGAGGUGGGUGAUUGGCUUCUUUGCUGUUAUCUGGACAGUUUGGCUAGAACGGAAUGAUAGAAUCUUUAGGAAUCAAAGUUCACGUGUGGUAGAUAUUAUUAGUAAAUCAUUCUUGCUCUCCGAUGAGUGGAGUGGUGGUGAACCCUAUGGUUGUUGA